CCAGGGGCUGGCUGACCAUUUGGAAACUCGGGCACUGCCCGAGGGCCUGGGGUCAGUAGGGGGCCCCAUGAGAUGCCCCUGGUUACUUUUUCAUAGGCUUUUUUGAGUUUGGGUAAGGACACAGGGGCCCCAUGAUCCCCUAUUGCCCAGGGGCCCCAUGAGUUGUCAGUCCGCCCCUGUGAUGCAUGCCAAUGCCCAUCAGUGCCACCUACCAGUGCCUCGUCAUCAGUGUCACCUAUCAGUGCCCAUCACUGCAGCCUCAUUAGCGCAC